CUUUCAAUCUUUGUUCUAGCGUCAACGCUUCACCGGGAAGGCGCGACUUGCUGGGAAACGGUCUGCUUCUCAGUCUUCGUGGUGCAACAUCAGUACGCUGGACAGUUCCAACAUGCCGCAAGAGAGGGAGCGAAAAUACCCUCUGAUAAUUACGGGAAACGUGAACAAGACAGGGGGCAGCCAUUUCCCAAUAGAUCUGUACGAUCCAGUUGUUAAUGAGAUGGUGAACAUUGGCUUGCCACUACCAAAAGAAAACAAAGAAAAAUUGAAAGAACUGAAGAAGGCGAUUAUAGAUGGAAGAAGGGCAAAUCAUCUGUUGGAGCAGGCAGCUCGACAUCGCACGUUGAAAGUAGAUAUUGAUCAAUUGGAAAAUGACAUGAAAGGAUCAGCAUUUAGCAAGCAUGUGAGGACCAGUGCAGAACACUAUGGUGUAUACAAGGAUCUGUUUGGUCCUCAUGCAUACUUUAAUCCAGCUGUUGCUCUGAGCAUUGCAUUUGACUAUGACGAUGAUGCAGUGUCGCAUGUCUUUAAUGGGAAUAUGUUAAAGCCUGCUGAGUGCGUAUCAGCACCACACAUCCAUUAUGAAGCAGAGAAAGACACUUUGUGGUCCAUUGUUCUCACUGCCCCUGACAGCCAUCUAGCAGACAACAAAGCUGAGUAUCUGCACUGGUUUGUGGGGAACAUAGAGGGCAGCACCAUAGACACUGGAGAAUUGUUAUGUGACUUUCUGCAGCCGUUACCUCUGCGUGGGACAGGGUGGCAUAGAUACGUGUUUGUGCUCUACAAGCAGGAGCGCAGGAUUGACUUUGCUUCCGAAAAGCGCACACAGCCAUGUAAGAGUUUAAAAGAACGAACAUUUCACACAUACGAUUUCUACAAGCGUUAUGAAGAUGACAUAACGCCGGCUGGAAUAGGAUUUUUCCAAGCUGACUGGGAUUCUUCAGUGUCGGAUAUAUUCCAUAAAACAUUAGAUAUGAAGGAGCCAGUGUAUGAAUUUGACAGCCCGCCUCUGCACAUAGCGAUUCAGAGGCAGGUUCCUCACAAGCAACCAUUCAAUCUCUAUCUGGACCGAUACAGGGACCCCAAGGAUAUUGCGAAAGAGGUUUUGACAAAGAGAUUCAGUGACAGGUCUCCAUUCUCGGGCGAGCCGCGGCGGCGCCAGUUCCCCGGCAUCAUGCCGUGGAGCUCGCUGAAUGAUCGCGACCCACUGCUGCCAUCGUGGAGGAAGGCGCAGAUCCAGAAGGAGCGAGACGGGCGACAACGCUACCGACACAUUUACGAAAACAGGCCAGGCCCCUGAGUUCAUAUGUCAAAUGCACUGUCAUCAGGGCCAUUCUAGAAAGAAGCUAGAUGGGUCACUGUGUGCAACCAUUGCAUCAUCAGAAACUGGCCGGGACCCUGGGUUUGCACACCAAUGUGCAGUCACAAGAGCCAGUUUAAAACACAAAUGUGAGUAAACGUCAUUGACGUGUGGAUAUCAUGAUUUUAUGUACGUGUAAUAAAUAAAACGUGGUGUGUAUGUGCAACACUGCUGCAUGAAUUAUGUUGAUGUAUACUCUGACAAUCUUAGUCAAGCAGUGGAACUAAAAGCUGCACAAAUAUUUUCAAGGUUAUACCUACCUUCUAUGACAUAUUUUGGAUUGGAAUAUGCUUAAAAUCACCUCCAUGUAGCAAUCUAUCCCACUGAAAGCAUGUGCAAAACAGUUUGCAGCAACAGAAUUCAACACCUAGCUGGAAAUGCAGUGCAGCUUAACGUACAACCAGGGUGAACAUUCAGGCAGAGUGGAGUUUCAGUUAAUGUGUACGUACAACCAAGGUAAGUAAUUUUUCAUGAAGUUAGUUCACAUACAGGUUCGGUAAUUUUCCAAGUUUGUCGCGCGUAUUUGGUAAGCGAGGAAUAACAUCAACAGCACCAUGCGUCCUUGCAUAAACAAGUAGACCGACUGUGCAGGAUUUAGACUGACGGUGUGUACCAGCACUACAUUUCUGGUCUACUUACAUGUUGACCAGCGGUUUUGUAUGCAUCCACUGGGUUCCGAAUAAAACGAAAUAGUUUUUAAUACAG